AUGGCCCAAGCACAGGACGUCGCCCAGGAGCGCGUCACACUCAGCGAUGCCAUCAGCAAUGUCGAUGUUCUCGAUGAGCUCGAGUUGCCAGAUUCUCAGCCUUGUAUUGCCGGUGAAAACUGGUCAAUUGUGUACCAUGUCAACUUUGAUACUAACUUUGAAGACCGCAAUGCGUUUGUUUGCGGUGUGGCCAAGUACAUUGAGGAGGCUACGGUUCAGUGCCACCUCAAUGUCAUGCUUGAUGAAGGCGAGAAGCACGCUGUAAUGCUCUACACAUGGCGAUGCUGUUCUCGGGCAAUUCCACAGCCAAAGUCCAAUGAACAACCUAACCGCCGCGACCUGUACGAGAAGAUCGUCGAAGUCCUCGGUCCUGAAAAAGCGGCCAUUGAGCGAUUCUGCUUUGAAGUUAAGCGACUAUGCCACGACUCGAAGAAAAAGGCUGGCACUACGUUCGUUUCUGAAGCGUACUUGCUGACACUGGGAAAAUUUAUUAACAUGUUCGCCGUUCUGGAUGAGCUCAAAAACAUGAAGAGCUCCGUCAAGAACGACUACGCGACAUAUCGAAGGGCUGCACAGUUUUUAAAAGUCCUUUCUGAUUCUGAGUCUCUCCAAGAAUCACAAUCGCUGUCAAUGUUUUUAGCGCUGCAAAACAAAAUCCGCGACAACCUCAAGGAAUCACUAGAGUCAAUUAGCGGCUAUGAGGAGCUCUUCUGUGACCUGGUGAAUCUCUUUACGAACAUGUACGAGUGCAAGCAGUUUGUACUGCCAUCGGAAAAGCAUAUGCUGGUCAAGGUGAUUGGCUUCACGCUUUACCUGAUGGACGGCGAGAACUGCAACAUCAACAAACUGGAUGCCAAACGACGCAUAAGCCUUGCGCGGAUUGAUCGCAUCUUUAAGGCGCUGGAAAUGGUGCCACUCUACGGCGACAUGCAGAUUGCGCCCUUUCAGACUUACAUUAAGCGAUGCGCCCACUUCGAUGCGAACAAGUGGCCAACGUGUUCAAACCAGACAACCAACUCCUACCAGAGCGACAUUCUGCAGUACCUGCCCAGCAUCAGAGACGAUUACGUGGUGUUCAUUGCCGAGCUGAGUCGCCACUCGAACGAGGUGACGACCACGGUUAAGGACGCCCCGAGGAGUGAUGCUGAAAAUCGAGAGCUGCUAAAGUUGGCGCUGAAGGGAAUUCAGUUGUUGGCUGAUUGGACUGCUCACGUCACUGAACUGUACAGUUGGAAGUUGAUGCAUCCCACUGACCCACAUCAGAAUAACCUCUGUCCUGCUGAGGCGGAGGAGUAUGAACGAGCAACGAGAUACAACUACUCCUCAGACGAAAAGUACGCUCUAAUCGAGCUGGUCGCUAUGGUGAAAGGUCUGCAGGUGUUGAUGAACCGAAUGGAGGCAGUCUUUGUCGAUGCCAUCCGGCGGGCCAUCUACGCCGAUUUGCAGGACUUUGUGCAGAUCACUUUGAAGGAGCCACUGAGAAAGGCGGUGAAGAACAAGAAGGACGUCGUGCGGACGAUGAUCAGCUCAGUCCGCGACACCUGUGCCGACUACAUGAGGGGCUUUGAUGAGCAUCGAGUAGUUGCCGGUGGAAGAGGGGGAAACAUGGAGGUGGAGGUGAAAGUUCCCCGAAGGAAUGUCGGCCCGAGCACUACCCAGCUCUACAUGAUUCGCACACAGCUGGAAUCGCUGAUUAGCGACAAGGCGCUCAGUGGAAGGAGGACGCUUCGAAAGGACAUUGACGGACAGUACCUCAUCGCCAUUGACCAGUUCCACAAGCAUAGCUUCUUUUGGAGUUAUCUUCUAAACUUUAGCCAAACUCUUCGCGAGUGCUGUGACCUCAGUCAGCUGUGGUAUCGUGAAUUCUACCUCGAGAUGACGAUGGGCAAGAGAAUACAGUUUCCCAUUGAAAUGAGCUUGCCGUGGAUUCUCAUCGAUCAGAUACUCACGGACAAGGACGCUAGCAUGAUGGAGUGCAUCCUGUACCCAUUGGAUCUGUACAAUGACUCUGCCCACUACGCACUGACCAAGUUUAAAAAACAGUUUCUCUACGAUGAAGUAGAGGCCGAAGUGAACCUGUGCUUUGAUCAGUUUGUCUACAAGCUCUCGGAGCAGAUUUUUAGCUACUACAAGCAGAUGGCCGCCAGUAUUACCCUUGACAAGCGAUUUAGAACUGAUUUGGCCACGCUGGGCGUCAACUUUCCCUGGCCAAGCUCGAAUCGCUAUGAAACGCUGCUGAAGCAAAGACAUCUACAGUUGUUGGGCCGAAUGAUUGACUUGGAGCGACUUAUUGCCCAGCGUUUGAAUGCCUACAUGCUGAAGAGUCUGGACUUUGCAAUCAGUCGAUUCGAGUCGUGCGAUAUAACGGGAAUCAUUGAUUUGGACAUGCUGCUCCAUGUUAACCGAAUGACGCACAAGUUGCUGACAAAGUACGUCAAACUGGACGCUUUUGAGUCGUUGCUGAGUGAAGCGAACCACUCGGUCUCUGCCCCCUACGGCCGCAUCACAUUGCACAUUUUCUCCGAGUUGAUGUACGACUUUCUGCCACGGUACUGCUUCAACAGCUCCACUCAGCGAUUCAUCAAAAUGCCCGAGAAGGCGCCAAACUUUAGCUCGACCGACUAUGCACAGCACCAGCGAGACCGGCCGGCGCUGGGCGCCAAUGUGCCCUACUACUCCUAUGGCUCUAAACCGCUAAACUACGCCUUCAACUCUAUACAAAAGCUGUACAAUGGAUUCGUUGGGGCGCCUCACUUUCGAGUGCUGUGUCGGGUGCUCGGAUACUCGGGCAUUGCCGUGGUGAUUGAAGAGCUGCUGAAGAAUAUUCAGGGGAAGAUGCAGACCAGUAUUGCCAGCUAUGUGAUGACCAUCAGACAGUCGAUGGACGCCAAGGACGGGCGGCCACUCAGCACGGCUUGUAGUUCAGAGCAGACCUUCUCGGCGUUGCGUAACAAGUUGGCUAAGAUUAUACAAAACUCCGAUGUAAAGACGAGAAUUUUUCAAGAUUUUAGAGAAGUGGGAAAUUCAUUGCUCUUCUGCCUGUAUAUGGAGCAGGCACUGUCCCAAGAAGAGGUACUGGACCUUCUUCAAGCAGCCCCCUUUCAGAAGGUUUUUCCGCAAAUUUUCGUUAAAGAUGUCGAAAAGCCGGAGGUGAAAAUGAAGCGUUUGGAAUACAAGUAUGCGUCGCUGCACGUGGCCAGUAAUGUGGAAAAGUAUGGCACGCCAAGACAAGCAUUCAUUGCCCGUGACGCAGAUCUGCUCACCAAAGAACGACUUUGCUGUGGUUUGUCCAUCUUUGAGACGAUCCUCCAGCGCGUCCGUGAGUACCUCGAAAAAGACAAGUCACUGUGGAUCGGAGAUGAGAAACCAAAGAACAACAUUAUGCACGUCGACGAAUGCGUCGAGUUCUACCGAAUCUGGUCUGCACUGCAGUUUGUCUACUGCAUUCCCGUCGGCGAAGGCGAGUUUACCGUUGAGCAGCUCUUUGGUGAAGGGCUCAACUGGGCCGGCUGCACAUUUAUCACCUUGCUCGGACAGGCGAGGCGCUUUGACGUGCUUGACUUUAGCUAUCACCUGCUGAAGGUGCAGCGAUUUGACGGCUUCAACGAGGCGGUUGAGGGAAUUCCAAUCAAGAAGAUGGUCGAUCGAAUCCGUCGCUUCCAGGUGCUCAACUCGCAAAUUUUUUCAAUGCUCAACAAAUACCUCACUUCAGCCUCACUGGAUAACAAUCAGGUUGAACAGGUGAAGUGCUUCAACCCACCUUCCUUCCCAAAGCAAAUGAAAAACUUGUCCUCCUCUCAGGAGCCGCCGAUUUACAUGAGGACUGGCAUUUUGCUUCAGCAGAAGCACCAAGACUAA